UGGUAGAAGUGGACGUAACACUCUAGCAACGAACGAACGAGCGCACUUGAUAUUGACUUCAAGUCAGUGAUCGAAGAUUAUCGGUGUUCAUAAUACUAUUCACAUCAUCAUGAGGGAAAUUGUACAUAUGCAGGCCGGUCAAUGUGGCAAUCAAAUAGGAGCAAAGUUCUGGGAAGUGAUAUCAGAUGAACAUGGUAUUGACCCUACAGGAACAUAUCACGGUGAUUCCGAUCUACAACUAGAGAGAGUCAAUGUUUAUUAUAAUGAAGCUACGGGUGGUAAAUAUGUGCCCAGAUCUAUAUUAAUAGAUUUAGAACCAGGAACCAUGGAUUCAGUUAGAUCAGGACCAUUUGGACAACUUUUUAGACCUGAUAAUUUUGUUUUUGGUCAGAGUGGUGCUGGUAAUAAUUGGGCUAAAGGUCAUUAUACAGAAGGAGCUGAAUUAAUAGACUCAGCGUUAGAUGUUGUACGGAAAGAAGCUGAAAGCUGUGAUUGUAUCCAGGGAUUUCAGCUGACUCAUUCUCUAGGAGGAGGUACUGGAGCUGGUAUGGGAACUCUGCUCAUCAGUAAGAUCAGAGAGGAAUACCCAGAUAGAAUCAUGAACACCUUCUCUGUUGUACCUUCUCCAAAGGUAUCAGAUACAGUUGUUGAACCAUACAAUGCCACUUUAUCAGUUCACCAACUAGUAGAGAAUACAGACGAGACAUAUUGUAUUGAUAACGAAGCUCUGUAUGAUAUUUGUUUCCGUACCUUGAAACUAACCACGCCCACCUAUGGGGAUCUCAACCAUCUUAUAUCAGCUACCAUGUCUGGCGUUACAACCUGUCUUCGUUUUCCAGGUCAGUUGAAUGCCGAUUUGAGGAAGAUUGCUGUAAACAUGGUACCGUUUCCUCGGUUACAUUUCUUCAUGCCUGGCUUUGCUCCUCUCACAUCCCGUGGUUCUCAGCAAUACCGUGCCCUUACUGUACCUGAACUGACGCAACAAGUAUUUGAUGCCAAAAACAUGAUGGCGGCCUGUGACCCUAGACAUGGCAGGUACCUGACCGUUAGUACUCUCUUCAGAGGACGUAUGUCUAUGAAAGAGGUUGAUGAACAGAUGUUGAACGUUCAGAAUAAAAACAGCAGCUACUUUGUUGAAUGGAUUCCCAACAACGUAAAAACAGCUGUCUGUGAUAUUCCACCUAGGGGUUUAAAAAUGUCCGCGACAUUUAUCGGUAAUACGACAGCUAUACAAGAACUGUUCAAACGAGUCUCUGAACAAUUUACAGCUAUGUUCAGAAGAAAGGCUUUCCUCCAUUGGUAUACUGGUGAAGGUAUGGAUGAGAUGGAAUUUACGGAGGCCGAAUCUAACAUGAAUGAUCUGGUAUCUGAAUAUCAACAAUACCAGGAUGCUACAGCUGAAGAGGAAGGAGAAUUUGAAGAAGAGGACGAGGGAGAAGCCAAUUAAAGAUGAACUGUAUUGUCACUAACUUUAGAAUGACGCUACGUUAUUGUGUAUUUGUAAUCAGUUGACCGUCCGUGAACAUUGGUUUAUUUUCUGUAGCCUACUUUCGUAUAUCACGACCUUGAUUAUAUAGAGGUAAAAAAAAUCAUUGAUUAUUUUAAACAUUUAAAGAUGCGAGUAUUGCGAUCACGUACGCAAGAAUUGUGAUUUUUCAAUCAUUUACCCCAGAGUCGACUUAUCUAUUGAGUUGAUGGGUUUCCAUUUAU